GACAGUGUCAUCUCCAUUUACAUUAGUAAAAUUUCAGGAGGCUUAAAAGUUUGUAGAUAGUUUCGUUUGAAAAUUACAGUAAAUACAUACAAAUACAUACUUUAUUAACAAGAAUGACUCCUGAUCUGAAUAUCGAUUUCGAAAAUUCUGCUCAGCAGCAUUAUUCCGCACACAACCCAAUAGAACAAUAUGUUCUGUUAUCAAAAAGUGCCAAAGGAGCAGCUUGCCUAGAACUGAUUAAACAAGUUCUGGAAGCUCCGGGAGUACACGUUUUUGGAGAGCUCUUAGCAAUGCCCAACAUUUUGGAGCUUCAAGGAGGACCGAAUGCGAACUACUACAACACAUUGAAUUUAUUCGCGUAUGGAACCUAUCGACAGUAUUUGGAAAAUCAGGCUCAAUUAAUAGCACUAACUCCUAUCAUGAGAAAGAAACUGCAACACUUAACGAUCGUUUCACUGGCUAUCAAAACUAAAUGCAUUCCGUACAAGGAACUGCUGACAGAGUUAGACAUAAAAAAUGUACGCGAUCUGGAGGAUAUGAUCAUCGAAGCAAUCUACGCAGACAUCAUUCAUGGUAAAUUGGACCAGAAAAACAAACAGCUUGAGGUGGACUAUGCCAUCGGACGGGAUAUUAGGAAAGGUGACGUAAAUGAGAUCGUUGGAACAUUGCAAGAGUGGUGCGAUUCCUGUGAAACCAUUCUUGCCUGUUUAGAAAACCAGAUCCACCGUGCGAAUUCGGAAAAGCAAAAGCGUUUAAAGCACAAGGAAGUAAUUGAAUCAGAAAUAACUAAUUUGAAAAAGUUGAUAAAAGUUCAGGCAGGAAAUGAUUCCGACGAAGCGAUGGCAACGGAUUCGGGUCGUGAAAUGGCUGUUGGUAAUUCUGAUUCACGUAAAAAAUCAACAAAAUCGAAAAACCUGAAAGUUAGCGGUGUUGCCAAAAUGCUCUCGAGACAGAUGCCCUAACGAUACUCGAGAGGAAAGACAGUUCUAACUCUACUUUUGGCUGUUUUAAGAUGGCUCAGUUUUUUUUCAGUUUGAUUUGAAAUGUCGUUGUAAAUAAAACUAUAUGUGUAUGCAAUCUCUAUUUUCUGUGUUA